CUUGGCCUUAUAUAUAAGAACAAAACAUGACAAGAGUGUGUAUUAUUACUAUGUUGUGGACGUGAAAACCUAAAAGAGUUCCUCUUAGAAGAUCUCAAAGUCAAACAUGGUUAAAAAAAAACCCAAAGCUUUCCAUAUUCAAUUAAAAUAGAAAGAUUUCUAGUUAACCCUAAUUCAUCUCUAAAUGGGGAACAAACACUUAACUUCUACUUCUUCUUCUAAUACUCUUAGAAUAGACGAUCACAACAACAACAAAAUGAGCCAAACUAGUAUAGAGACAGUAGUCUGCGUGAAGCAAGACCAAGCCCCCGAGGAGUGGGACGAGAGCAUGCCACUGCCUGGUGACAUCAUCGAGGGAUUCUCUGAGAUAGAGAAUGGCGAGGAUGAGAUGUUCUUAGCUAUCAAAGCCAAGUCCGAGUUGAGCUCCCAAUUGGGAAAGAUUAUUAGCCAACAUGGUCAUGAUGUGGUUUGGAUUAAGGUAAGAAGAGGUCAAGAUGUUUUGAAGUUGCAUACGCGUGUUGUGCAAGACAAGGGUUCGAUUUUGCAAAGAAAGUUUACUAUUAAGGCUCAUAUGGAUGAUAGGCAUGUUGUUGUUUUAGGGGAUUUGACUUUGGAACAAUGUGCUGAGUUGCAAGAAAUGAGUAGAAGUGUGGUGAUUUCCAAGUGUAGAGAGUUCAACAAAAGAGGAGUUAAGUAUGAUUGGAAAGUGAAAGUAGAUAAACACUUACCAUACCAACGUUGUACAGUCAUUAGUAGUAUUUUGUUCAUGCCAUUUCAUGAAGAAGAAACCUCUAAUAUUCAUUCCACAACAAUAGCAAGAUCCAUGGCUUGGUUUACAGCAGCUCUUUCUUCUGGUGUUCCUCUUGUCUUUGUUAACAUCCAAACUGAACAAAUCAUUCUCAACUUGGAGAAAGAAAAAGAAAAAGAAAAAUGUAAUUGGAGUCGGCAACAAAACCAAAAUACGUCUUUCCGAGUAUUGCAAGGUGUAAGGCUCUGGUUUCUACCAGGUGUAUCUGAGGUUUCUAUAGAAUUGAUACCUAAACUUGGCGAAGAGCGAUUUGGAAUGGACUUUAAACGCACAGAAGAAGGUUUUAUUUGGGUGUUCUCAAUAACAAAAGAUUUAGCAGCCGAUAGAGCGGGGUUGCGCAACUUAUAUGAUGAAGCAUACACGAGUGGACACAUACUUGUGCUAUCUCGUUUGGAAAAGAAGACCUUAAUACCUUCUCACGUGUGCGCUGAAGGGCUCAUAAAUUGUUGCGACCACAACGAAAUUAGGGCAACACUCAUGUCAGCCAUUGAGCAAAUGGAGAAGAUUCAGCUCCAUGUUAUGGCAUGGCCCAACCAAGCACGCCCUACUACUCGAGCAUUCAGUGCUGCUGCAACGCUUCGACCCCCUAUUGAUGAUGUUGCAUCAGCAUAAAAAAUAUCAAUAUCUCUUUGUCUUGUAUAGACUUUUUUUUAUUUUAUUUUCUCUACAACUAUUAUGUAGUUGGGUUAGGUGUACUGUGUAUAUACAUUGAUGGAUAAAAUAAGAUAUAAU